AUGGCGCCGAUCCUCACCACCAAUCCAACAAUAACGCUUACCCCAGAACCUCUCACACCAAUGAACUUCGCCCAAUUCGGCACAGCAGUAGUCUCCCCCCUACCACGGGAACUGAGUGUCGCCCCCCAACCGUCCUCCCUUCCACCAUACAACCCAACUCCAGUCCUAGCGAACCAAAACUCCGCGCUGAAAUACAGCCCCAUCUCCCCGCUCCUCGACCACUAUAAUGGUAGUCCAAGUGGCCAGCCCUCCGAAGCACGCAUGACAAUGUUCUGCUGUUUCCCUCGCAAACUACGCACCAUCACAGCCGGCCAGUCUGAGAAGGAAGUCUUCGAUGUGCGCAUUCUAGAGCGCCACCCGUUCACGAAUCAGACGUUCAUCCCGGUGGAUCUGUCUGCGCAUUCAAAGGUCGGGGAUGGAGAGGAGGAGCCGCUGUUUUUGGUGGUUGUUGCGCCUACGUUGAAGGGGCAGAUUGCUACUGCGAAGAAUGAGGCCGGGGAGACGGUCACGAUUCGGGAUCCGCCUGAUUUGAAGAAUGUUAAGGCGUUUGUGGCGCGGGGUGGUCAAGCUGUUACUUAUGGUGUUGGGACUUGGCAUGCGCCUAUGGUUGUACUGGGCCGGAGGCGAGUGGAUUUUGUUGUUGUGCAAUUUGUUAAUGGGGUUGGGGACGAGGAUUGUCAGGAGGCUGCGUUUGGGGAGGGAAUUGUGGUUGAUCUUGGACGGAAGGGUCAGCUUGGUCGGGGUGAGAACCAGCCUAGGCUGUGGUCGGCUAAGUUGUGA